AUGGACGUUGUAAACAGCGUAUCUAUGCAAGGAACGCAUCUUAAGGUGGUUGUACACCCUAUCGUUCUGCUUUCUGUAGUAGAUCAUUAUAACAGAUGUGCUCAGGGCACAUCACGCAGAGUCGUAGGUACAAUUUUAGGUGAAACUAUUAACGGGGAAAUCCAUGUAACAAAUUCAUUUGCGGUUCCAUUCGAAGAGGAUACAAAAAAUCCUCUCGUUUGGUAUUUCGACCAUAAUUAUCAUGAAAACAUGUUCAAAAUGUUUAAAAAGAUUAACGCAAAAGAACGAGUAAUUGGCUGGUACAGCACUGGACCGAAAUGUAAACCAGCGGAUUUGGAAAUUCAUGAGCUUUAUCGCAAAUAUUGUCCACAGCCCAUUUAUAUCAUUGUAGAUAUAAAUCAGAAAGAGGAGCUGCCCAUAGAAGCGUACUUGUCGGUAGAGGAACCUACUAAUGAUGCUAGAUUUAGACGCACAUUUGUACAUGUUCCAUUCUCAGUUGGUGCCUUUGAAGCUGAAGAAGUAGGCUUAGAGCAUCUUCUAAGAGAUCUCACAAAUGUCACUACGUCUACAACGUCCAAAAAGGUUCAGAGCAAAUUAAGGGCCUUGAGGUCAUUGUCUUCCAAAUUGGGGGAAAUUGUAGACUACCUUGGAGGAGUCAUCUCUGGAACAUAUACAGCUAACCCAUCGAUAAUUUACAUGCUACAGGAUAUAUUCAACCUUUUCCCUGUCAUGGAAAAUGAGGAUUUGAUGGAAGCAUUUGCAAUAAAUAUGAACGAUACUACAUUAACGCUCUACCUCGGCAGUAUAAUAAGGGCUAUGGUAGCACUUCACAAUUUAAUCAAUAACAUGGCAGAAAAUAAGAGACUUGCAAAGAACAAAUCAGCGUCUCUUGCUUAA